AUGGUCCUCCUGCUCCUCUGCUGUUUGAUAGGACUUCACCUCACUUCAGGAGCCUCCGAUGACCUGGUGCAGCUCAACAUGGGCAGGAUGGAAUUGACUUUAAUCCUGUCUGUGCUGCGACAUCACCACCUGCUCCACAUGAGCAGAGCCCACAGUGGGGUAUACGAGGUCCUCAAGCUGACAGGGGCCUCAGGGAACAAGGAACCAACUACUAUGAUCAUUUCAUAA